AUGUCCUCGCUGCCCCGCGGCUUCGAGCCCCAAGUUCCCGAGGACUUGGGGCAGCGGAGUUUGGCGGAGCUGCGGGAGAUGUUGAAGCGCCAGGAGAGACUUUUGCUCAACGAAAAAUUCAUUUGCAAAUUGCCCGACAAAGGUAAAAAGAUCUUAGACUCUGUUUCCAAACUGAAAGCAGCCAUUGCAGAACGUGAAGAGUUUAGAGCAACAAGUGAACUCUUAAAUCCUGUUAGAUUAGACUUUAAAGUAAGGCAAAAAGUGAUGGUGGGAGUUGAUGUGGACACAGCCAAGGCUCAGAAUUCUGACCAGAUACUUGAUACUACAUCACUGGUUCUUGGCUGUUCCUCUGUUGCUGACAGCAAGUCAUCCAAAACACCUUCCGCAAAACAGGAAAUUGUCCAUCUCUUUGACAAAGGCAAUGAGGAGACUUCAGAGGCACAGGACACAGUGAACACGUGUAUACCUCCCAGCAGCAAGGCCACUUCCUCAUGCGAAGCUAGCGAGUGUCUCUCUCAGCGUCGUGUUUCCAGUCAAGCAGAAGGUAUAUCCAGCAGCUCUGACAACCUGAUUAUUGAUAGACUACAAAGGAUUACAAUUGCAGAGCAAGGGGAGCACCGCUCAGAGGAAAAUACAAGUACCGAUAACUUGACAGUCCUUCAGAGUAGGACUCAGAAGAAGCCACAUUACAUGGAAGUGCUAGAACUGCGUGCCAAAAACCCAGUGCCCCCACCACAUAAAUUUAAAACCAAUUUAUUACCUUCACAACCAAAUGAUUCAUCUAGCCUUUGCCAGCAGAGAGAGCCUCCGAUUUCCGCAGAAGAAAGGCUGCGCAGGGAUAAGAAGCACCUUGAUGAUAUCACAGCAGCUCGGCUUCAACCACUUCACCAUCUGCCUACACAGGAGUUUUCGAGGCAGUAA